AUGCCGACUUCUCCAUCCACUGAACCACAGCUGUCUGACGUGGAGCUGGCCACAGAAUACCUCCAGCACUUCUACAAUCUGAAAGAGGAGUCUUCAGGACGCGGGAAGAGAAGCGAUUCGGCUUUUACCGCAAAAGUGAAGGACAUGCAGAUUUUCUUUGGCCUUAAUGUGACCGGUUCAUUAGAUUCAAACACUCUGGAUAUUAUGAAAAUUGCUCGCUGUGGGGUCCCAGAUGUGGAGGACUACAGCCUAACCAAGAGCGCACGGUGGAACAAGAACCAACUCACAUACAACAUUGGCCGCUACACCAGUGACCUCCCACGCAGCACUGUGGACUCUCUCAUCGACUCGGCCUUCAGCGCCUGGUCCAGAGUCAGCAGUCUGCAGUUCACCCGGUCCCACAGUCACAAUGCAGACAUCAUGAUGGAGUUCGCAACACAAGCACAUGGAGAUCUGUACCCUUUCGACGGACCGCGCGGGACCUUGGCUCACGCCUUUGGCCCCGGUCCUGGAAUCGGCGGAGACACUCAUUUUGAUGACAGUGAGCAGUGGACUUCUGGAUCGAGGGGCUUUAAUCUACAGGUAGUGGCUGCACAUGAGAUUGGCCACGCAUUAGGUCUGAGGCACUCGCGAAACCCGGAUGCUCUCAUGUAUCCAAACUACAGGCCGUCCCGGCCCGCCAACCUGCUGUCUAUGGAAGAUGUGGCUAAUAUCAACGCACUUUACAGCUCAGUCCAGUUCCCCAUAUUCUUGUUCCCCUGGCUGUUCCCUCGUCUCAUGCACGACAGGUGUGCUCCGGACAUGAGCUUUGAUGCAGUGUCCACUGUUGGAGAUGCCACCUUCUUCUUUAGAGGACAGUAUCUUUGGAUCAAACACAACGCUGAGUCCGACAUCAAAGAAGGGCCGAUCUCAAACUUCAUGCCAAAGAUCGAGACUAGCAUUGAUGCCGCUUAUAGGAUUCCUCGCAAAAACACAGCCUUCCUCUUCCAUGAGAGCAUGUUCUGGACCGUGAAGGGUUCCACAGUGCGUGGGAAGCCCAGAUCCCUCAGCCACUUUGGGUUUCCGGUUUGGGUGCAGGAGGUGGAUGCAGCCGUGCACAUCGUGAAAACAGGACGCACACUCUUCUUUCUGCAUGAUAUUUACUGGAGUUAUAAUGAGAACAAGCGAGUGAUGGAUCGUGGCUUUCCUAAAUACAUCUAUGAGGACUUCCCAGGACUGAACAAUACAGAAACGAUAAACGCAGCAUUUCACAAAGAGGGUUUCAUCUAUUUCUUCAUUGGACCUCAAGUCUAUCAAUACGACUACAUUCAGAAACGCUCGAACUACCUCAGCCGUUAUUACAAGCUCAGCCCUGAGGAGCAGCAUGGACCGAAGCACAAGAGAAUCACCCGAACCACAUCUGAAAUCACGGACCACAAAAUAAGAGAAAUGCAGCACUUUUUUGGCCUGAGCGAGACGGGCCUCCUCGACCACGAGACCCUGGACACCAUGAAGGAGGCGCGGUGCGGUGUCCCAGAUGUGGAUAACUUCAACUUCUACCCCAACAAACCUCGCUGGAAGAACACCACCAUCACCUACAUGUGA